AUGCGGCAAAUCGCUUACAACGUUGGGCAUACGUUCUUUCUUCAUUUUGAAAUUAAGUAUAUUAAAUCAGAAGGAAAUAUUGGUGAUUUUUUAUCACGCAUUAAAACAAACCAAUGCAACAAUAAUAUUAAUGAAUAUGACGACGCUCACAUCAAUUUUAUUCACGAACAGUCACCAUUUCCGCUAGAUUGGCACAAAAUUAAAAUUGAAACGAAAAGAGAUCCAAUUACCUCUAGAGUAUUACACGCUACAAAAACAGGUUCAUGGAGUAAUGACUUUUCAAUAAAUUCCGAAUUAAACUCGUAUAAUACACGCAAAACAGAAAUUACUGUUGAACAAGAUUGUUUAUUUUGGGGCUAUAGAGUAAUCAUACCAACCAAAUUCCGUAAGUCAAUUCUAACUGAACUGCAUUCUUGUCAUAUUGGCAUGUCGAGUAUGAAAAGCAUUGCGCGUUCGUAUUUCUGGUGGCCUAGUAUAGAUAAAGAAAUUGAGGAUAUGGUCCGAAACUGCAAUGAAUGCAUAAAUGCGAGACCUAAUCCUCCUAAGUCAGUACUAACUCCGUGGAAAUGGCCACAAAGACAAUGGACGAGAGUGCAUUGCGAUUUCUUAGGUCCGUACAAAAACAAAACAUUCUUAAUUAUUGUUGAUGCAACCACAAAGUGGCUAGAAGUUUUUCAAGUAAAUUCGAUGACAGCACAAACGGUCAUAACAAAACUGUCUGAGUUAAUUGCACGUUUUGGCAUUCCCAGAACAAAAACAACUGACAAUGCAAAAUGUUUUAAUGGCGAUGAAUUCCAGUCAUAUUGCAAGACACUAGGUAUCAGGCACUUGACAGGGGCACCUUUCCACCCAGCCUCAAAUGGAUUUUCCGAAUCUGGAAAAUACUGUACACUCAACCACAAAUGA